UGGUCGAUAAAGAUGGUCUUAGGAAUUCCGGCAAGAUUACAUUGAGAUUGGAAGAUUCUACUCUGAACUCCAUUUUUUUCUUACCGUUUCGGCUUCUCCUUCCACGAGGAAAACAGAGUGUCUCCCUCCUCAGAUCUAAAAUCUACUCUCUUUUUCCCUUCACACGGAACUGUGACGAUGUCGAGCGACAGCGACGAAGACGAGCUUCUCCAGAUGGCGCUGAAGGAUCAAGCGCAGCGAGAUGUCAACUACGGCAAAUCCUCCUCCAAUUCCCGGAAGCCUGUCGCCAACUACGUUCAGCAGCCCAAGAAACCCGCUCCUCCGCCGAAACAGUCGCUGGGCAAAGGCAGAGUCGCCGCCGACGACGAUGAUUCCGAAAUCGAGAUGCUCAGCAUCUCCAGCGGCGACGAGGACAACGUCCAAUAUCCGGUUGCUGCCUCCAGGAACAAAGGCGCCACGGCUGCCGCAGCCGGAAGACCGGUGCGCGAAGACGAUCGCACCUGGGAUGGCGAGGAGCCUAGUCGCUGGAAGCACGUUGACGAGGCUGAGUUGGGCUUCUUUGACAGCUUGCUCGUAGGGUUCGUGAAAUGAGGGAAACAAGAUCAGCACCUGCACCUCAAAAAUUUGUGACUCCAAAAUUUGAAAAAAAAGGUUCUGCAGUGGGUAGAAAGGGGCUUACCUACCUGCAGUCAUUCCCUCGUGGCAUGGAAUGUGUUGAUCCACUGGGGUUGGGGAUCAUAGACAACAAAACGCUAAGGUUGAUCACUGAGUCUUCACAUAGUUCUCCUAAGACUGACAAGGAUAUUCAGGAUGGCAACCUACGUGAAAAAUUCCUGUAUUUUUCGGAGAACUUCGAUGCAAAGAUGUUCUUAUCACGGAUACACAGUAAUACCAGUGCUGCCGAUCUGGAGGCUGGUGCACUUGCUUUGAAAACUGAUUUCAAAAGUCGUACUGAGCAGAGAAAGCAGUUGGUUAAGGACAACUUUGAUUGCUUUGUCUCUUGCAAAACAACAAUUGAUGAUAUUGAAUCAAAGUUAAGACAGAUUGAGGAUGACCCUGAAGGGUCUGGGACUUCCCAUUUGUUUAAUAUUAUUCAGGAAGUUAGUUUGCAGGCUAAUCGUGCCCUGAAGCCUUUAUUUGAGAGACAGGCUCAAGCAGAAAAAAUUAGGACUGUCCAAGGUAUGCUACAAAGGUUUCGAACACUUUUCAACCUACCAAGUACUAUCCGUGGCAGCAUUAGCAAGGGUGAAUAUGAUUUAGCUGUUAGGGAGUACAAGAAGGCCAAAUCGAUUGCUCUGCCCUCCCAUAUUCAGGUAGGUAUCCUAAAACGUGUUCUUGAAGAGGUUGAGAAAGUGAUGAAUGACUUCAAGACUAUGCUUUUCAAGUCUAUGGAAGAUCCACAAAUAGAUCUGACAAAUCUUGAGAAUACUGUGAGAUUACUGUUGGAUUUGGAGCCGGAGUCAGAUCCAGUAUGGCAUUAUUUGAAUAUACAGAAUCGGAGAAUUCGUGGUCUGCUUGAGAAGUGUACUUUAGAUCAUGCGGCUAGAAUGGAAAAUUUGCAUAAUGAGUUGCGUGAAAGGGCUCUUUCUGAUGUCAGAUGGAGGCAGAUUCAAGAAGAUAUGGAUGAAUCUUCAGAUAUCAACAACUCUCCUAUUGGUAAUACCUAUCCUGCGGUCCACUCUCAUCCAUCGAAUCUACCUGGUGAGGAGGUUGAUGGUUUAAGAGGAAGGUAUAUCCGCAGAUUAACUGCUGUAAUCAUCCAUUACAUACCAGCUUUCUGGAAGGUUGCACUCUCUGUUUUCAGUGGAAAAUUUGCUAAGUCUUCCCAAGUUCCCACUGAUUCAAAUUCCAACAGUUCUGCAAAUAAAAUUGAAGAAAAAGCUGGAGAUGGGAAAUACUCAAGUCAUUCUCUUGAUGAAGUUGCUGCAAUGAUAUGCAGCACAAUAUCACUGUACGGAGUCAAGGUUACUAAUAUUUUUCAUGAUCUAGAGGAAUCAAAUGUCCUCAGGUCCUACAUGAGUGAGGCCAUAGAAGAUAUAUCUAAAGCAUGCACAGCUUUGGAAUUGAAGGAAGCUGCUCCUCCGAUUGCUGUUGCUGCUAUCCGAACAUUGCAAUCAGAGAUUAUAAGGAUUUACGUACUGAGGCUUUGCUCUUGGAUGCGAGCAUCAGUUGAAGAGGUUUCAAAGGAUGUGACAUGGGUUAUUGUUUCAAUUCUUGAAAGGAACAAAUCCCCAUACGGAAUCUCAUGUUUGCCUUUAACAUUCCGUUCAGUUGUAGCCUCGGCAAUGGAUCAAAUCAAUUCGAUGCUUUGGUCCUUAAGGAAUGAAGCAACAAAGUCAGAGGAUAUGUUUAUGCAACUUCAAGAAAUUCAAGAAUCUGUCAGACUUGCAUUUUUAAAUUGCUUCCUGGAUUUUGCUGGUAGUUUAGAGCGUAUUGGGUUCGAACUUGGCCAACAUAGAACAGAUGAAGAGGGCUCCCAGUUACCAAAUGGAUAUACACAUGAAUUGGAAAAUGCACCUUCUGGUCUUCAUGGAGGUGUUAUUGAUCCCCAUCAACAGUUAUUGACUGUUCUAAGCAAUAUCGGAUAUUGCAAAGAUGAACUUUCUUAUGAGUUGUAUGACAAAUACAGACACAUCUGGCAGCAUUCCAGGGGGAAGGAAGAAGGAAACAGUGAUGUAGAAGAUCUUGUGAAUAGUUUCUCAGCGCUUGAAGGGAAGGUCCUUGAACAAUAUACUUUUGCAAAGGCAAACUUGAUCAGAUCUGCUGCCAUGAAUUAUCUGCUGCAUUCUGGCAUUCAGUGGGGAGCAGCACCUGCAGUUAAAGGUGUCCGUGAUGCAGCAGUAGAGUUGCUGCACACAUUGGUAGCUGUGCAUGCAGAGGUUUUUGCUGGUGCUAAACCUCUGUUGGAUAAAACGCUUGGCAUUCUUGUGGAAGGCUUGAUUGACACAUUCAUCAGCAUUUUUCAUGAAAAUGAAGCUACAGAUCUUAGUGCAAUUGAUACAAAUGGAUUCUGUCAGCUCAUGCUUGAGCUUGAGUACUUUGAGACCAUAUUAAAUCCAUAUUUUACUUCUGAUGCAAGAGAUUCCUUGAAGUCUUUGCAAGGAUUACUGUUGGAAAAAGCCACGGAAAGUGUGACAGAUGCUGUUGACAAUCCAGGACACAGUCGUCGGCCAACUCGUGGUAGCGAAGACGCACUUGCAGAUGAUAAGCAACAAGGAACAACUGUAUCACCUGAUGAGCUCAUUUCUCUUGCACAGCAGUACAGCUCCGAGUUCCUUCAAUCAGAGCUUGAGAGGACACGCAUUAACACAGCAUGCUUUGCAGAAUCUAUUCCUUUGGACUCUUUGCCAGAACCAGCCAAAUCUGCCUACUCUCCCUUCAGGAACUCAAUGGAUUCUCCUAGCAGAAAACACAGAGGUACCUACAAUACCGGAGCCUCAAGUUUCUCUCGCCAUAGACAUUGAUGGGUAUGAAUUAGCUCCCUUAUUCUUUUAGUUUGCUUGCCUAUUGUAUUUAUUGUAGUAUAUUUUUGGUUUUGUAGUUGAUGAAAAUUUGUAUUCUUUGCACUGUUAUCUGUUUGUAAAGGUGGAUGACAAUUACCACAUAAUGAGUUUUGGAACAUAUGUAGGCAUUCAUGUAUGCCAAUCGCAAGUGCAGUGAGUUUUGUCAUUUAAGUUUUAAAUGAGUUAUUUUGUUAGCUGAAUUGUUGGAGCCUUUGGAUGUGUAUACAUUACAGUGAAUCAAGGACAUGAAUUGAGAAAUGAAUGUAGCUUAUCCAUCA